GCUGAUCAUUGCUUCAGUCUUCCACUGAUCUCGGCUUUGGAAAUCACAGAUAACUGUUUGGAUAUAUUCCAAUGUAUACUGAAAGAAAAAAGAAAAAUCAUAUAUAUCUUUGCUUAAUACAAACUUAAAUCAUUUUCUUCAACUGUUUUUAAAUUCAAAACUUUUCAAAACAGUUAAUACAUAAAAUCCUAAUAAAUUGAACAUCAGUGUGUCCACACUUUCGUCAUUCACAUUAUCUCUUCAAUUAACGGUAUUGCGUUAUCCCAAGAAGUUUUCUAUAUUGUUAGAAACUCACCUAAUGAUCAAUUUAAAAAUCUCGAAAUCUAAAACCAGAACUGUCUACUAACAAGCACCCAAAAUAUGAAAAAAAAAUAACGAGGCACAAUAAAAGAUUACCCAAUCAUUUGGCUAUAUAAGUACCUGACAUUGCCGGUUUCAGUCAGUUGUCGUUCUCCACUCCAAAGGUAAACAAUACAUUUCCAGCAUGGAUUUCUACUAUAUGCCAGGUAGCGGUGGAUGCCGCACGGUCAUCAUGGUGGCCAAGGCUCUUGGCUUGGAGCUGAACAAGAAGCUGGUCAACACCCUAGAAGGCGAGCAGUUGAAGCCAGAGUUCGUGAAACUCAAUCCUCAGCACACCAUUCCCACCCUGGUGGACAAUGGAUUCUCCAUCUGGGAGUCCCGCGCCAUCGCCGUCUACCUUGUGGAGAAGUACGGCAAGGAUGACUCCCUUUUCCCCAAGGAUCCCAAGAAGCAGGCCGUUGUCAACCAGCGUCUCCAGUUUGACUUGGGAACUCUGACCGAUGCUUUCUCAAAGUACUACUACCCACUCUUCCGAACUGGAAAGCCCGGAACUGACGAAGACUUGAAGAGAAUCGAAACAGCCUUUGGAUUCCUUGACACCUUCCUGGAGGGACACGAGUACGUGGCUGGAGACAACCUCACCGUGGCCGAUAUUGCCAUCCUGGCCAACGUCUCCACUUUUGAUGUCGUUGAGUUUGACUUCAGCAAGUAUUCCAAUGUGGUCAGGUGGUACGCCAAUGCCAAGAAAGUCACUCCCGGAUGGGACGAGAACUGGGAGGGUUUACAGCAGAUGAAGUUUUCGUUCUUCAUUCCAGAAGUUAACAACUCGUUGCCAUUUUCUAAUAUGGACUUCUACUACAUGCCGGGUAGCGGUGGGUGCCGCACGGUCAUCAUGGUGGCCAAGGCUCUUGGACUCGAGCUGAACAAGAAGCUACUGAACACCAUGGAGGGCGAGCAGCUGAAGCCAGAGUUCGUGAAGCUUAAUCCCCAGCACACCAUUCCCACCCUGGUGGACAAUGGUUUCUCCAUUUGGGAGUCCCGCGCCAUCGCCGUCUACCUGGUGGAGAAGUACGGCAAGGAUGACUCCCUCUUCCCCAAGGAUCCUAAGAAGCAGGCUGUGGUCAACCAGCGUCUGUACUUUGACAUGGGUACUCUCUACGAUUCUUUCGUCAAGUAUUACUACCCCUAUUUCCACACUGGAAAGCCCGGAACAGACGAGGCCCUCAAGAAAAUCGAAACUUCUUUCGGCUUCCUCGACACAUUCCUCGAGGGUCAUGACUAUGUUGCUGGAGACCAGCUUACGGUAGCUGACAUUGCCAUCCUGGCCACUGUUUCUACUUUCGAAAUCGUUGAGUAUGACUUCAGCAAGUUCUCCAAUGUGACCAAAUGGUACGCCAAUGCCAAGAAGGUGACUCCCGGAUGGGACGAGAACUGGGCUGGUCUGCAGGCGAUGAAGACAUUCUUUGAGGCCCGUCAGGCGGCUGCAAAGUAAUUGAUACUAAAAUAAUUUAUUGUAUUUAUGUAACUGUUGAAUUCAAAUAACAAAUAUAAUUGUAAAGUAAA